CCUAUGGCGGAACCAGAACUCCCUGGCUCCCAGUUUCUAACCCUGAUGUGUGAACAGCUAGACCAAGCUGGCUCUCCAUUAUUAAUACUAUUAUUGGUAUUUAGAAAGUCAGGGGGAGGUUGCUAUUUGGGGAUAUUUGCAGGGAUUAUUCAAAGGGAGUGCAGGAGGUCAGCGGGAGCUGGCUAUGAUCACCGGAUAUGAUUGCUAUUCUUUCCUUUGUGAGGAAAAAUAAAUCAUGGAAUGUGGGGACGCGGUGAGAAAUGACACUCGUUGGAUCAAGGAUAUGGCUAUUAUUAUAAUUAUUACGAUUAUUAAUAUUUCCCCCCUUAAAAAUGAGAGUACGGGACGACCAAUCUUGGGGUGCAUUUAUUGGAUAAUGUUUGGAUCAAGGACAUCAUUAUUAUGACUGUGUGGUUAUUUAGGGGUUGUUGGUUUUUUUUUAAAUGAUAACAUUGCAAUCCGUCCAAAUGAAAUUGAUCGCUGGAUAAAUUCCAUAGAACAGCAGGGAUAAUAAACUCUCCUUUUUUCUCCCCCUUCUUCCUUCUCCAGCACAGGAUGAAGGCACGCUGACAUGGCUUUCAAAUGCAGAGCACAAACGUUGCAGGUGGUUGAUACCGAAUAUAGUGCGGACACGGUCGAAUGGUGCCCGGUGGAAAGCUGGCACAACAUCCUGGCAUGUGGCACCUACCAGUUGAAGAAACCAGAGAGUGAGCCUGGCCAAAGUCGUAGCAAGGACAGCGAAUCCCCUGUGCGUCUAGGACGUAUCUACCUCUAUUCCUUUGAAGAUCAGAUGUUCACACCGCUGACGGAGAUCCAGAGGCUGGAAACGGUGGCUAUAUUGGACCUUAAAUGGUGCCAUGUUCCCAUCGCAGGGCGGCCUGUUUUAGGCAUCGCCAAUGCCCAGGGAGCGGUGAAGCUGGCCCAUUUGAUGGGAAGCGAGAAGAGUUGCAGGCUUCAUCCCCUCUGCAGUGUUGACCUGGGAGGUGAUUGCCUUGCUUUGUCGCUGGACUGGUCCACGGGGCUAGAGCAGUGCGGUCACCCCCUGCGACUGGUCAGCAGCGAUUCCAAAGGGAGGGUCAGCUUGCUGUCAGUGGACGAAUCCAGUACCUCGGUGCACGUCUUGGACCAGUGGAAAGGACACGACUUUGAAGCCUGGGUGGCUGCGUUCGACUACUGGAACACUCGUGUUGUGUACUCAGGUGGAGACGAUUGUAAACUACAGGGCUGGGAUACUCGGAGCAGCUCAAGAGCUCCUCUCUUCACCAGUGAGCGGCAUUCUAUGGGGGUCUGCAGUAUUCAGAGUCACCCGUUGCGGGAAAAUCUGCUAGCUACGGGAAGCUAUGACGAACACAUCCUUCUCUGGGACACCAGAAAGAUGAAGCAGCCCCUGGCGGACACCCACGUGCAAGGCGGCGUCUGGCGCUUAAAAUGGCACCCGUCUCAGGAGCAGUUGCUGCUUGCGGCCUGUAUGCACAAUGGCUUUGCAAUCCUCCACUGUCCCAAUGACUUAGAAGAGAACCAAGAGAAAUGCACGAUCCUGUCAUCUUACGCCUUGCACAAUUCUUUGGCUUAUGGAGCCGAUUGGUCCAGGCUUCUCCCGAGCGACUCUUUGGAGGCGUCUAUGGCUAUGGUGACCCUUCAGGAGGACCCAAGAGCCAGCCGAGGGGACCUCAAAGGGCAGAACCUCAAGAUCAUUUACGAAUCCCCCACGGCCACCUUCGAUGUGCUGCUCGAGGAGGAAGAUGACCAACCUCCCGUGUCUCCAUUGCGAGCAGAAGGUACCUUAGCCCCACAGGAGCCUUCAGGUGAUGGAAGAACUCCAGAUACCAAAGCAAACGGGGAUGUCCAAGCAGCCAGAGGCCAAAGGGAGACCAGCCUCUUAGCGACAUGCUCCUUUUAUGACAACAUUCUACACGUUUGGAAAUGGGAGGUCAGCCGGAGUGUCCCUCUGGCUUAAACCCACUGUUGGGGUGUGGAAGGAGGCCUCCAGUAUAUUUUCUAUCCAUAGGUGGGUGGGGGGGCAGGAAGCAUGCUGGAAAUGACUCAAGAGUUGAACUGCGAGACUCUUGGGGGCUCUCUGACCUUUUGUAGUUUACUUGCAGACAUUUCAUUACCAAACUAGGUAACAUCAUUGGAGCUAGAAGGGAGUGCAGACUGCUGUGUAGAGGACUGUAGAAUUCUUGGUACUCUGAGCCACGUUUUCUUGCAGACGUUUCGUGACUCUAACUAGGUAACACCAUCAAUGCUAAGGGUGGUGUUUGCUCCCUGUUUACCUACAGUAGCUUCUCCUUUCAGUCUCGGUGGAGGUGUGGGUUUUCUCCUUGGAAGUUGUUGUGUAGGGUAUUGUUUUCUCCUUGUCCGUCUGCUGUUAAUUCCUGCUUAUUUGGAUAUUGGAUGCCGGGCGCUACUAGUAGUUGCAAGGUAAGCUACUGAAUAUGAACAGGGAGCUCGUUUGGUACUUCACUACCUAGUUUGGUCAUGAAACAUCUGCCAAGAAAACCAUCAAGCUCAAAAGAGCAUCAAGGAACCCACAGUUCAAUUCCAAGCUAUCAACAUUCUCUUCUAUCAAUAUGUUUUUAUAUUACUGCUGGGAGCCUCCAGUAGCUGUGAGGUUUGAAGGCUCUUAUGUUGCUUACUUGGUUCUUUCCAACAGCUUUUUUUUUUUAUACUGCAGAAAUAAGAUUGUUCAGGUUCCAUAAUUUCCUGUUAAUUCCACUUUUCCCCUAAGAUUUGAUUCUUGCAACAUUCUCAAACACCAGCUUUAACAUUGGGAGUGCCAUUUGGCUCACAUUUCCUCCCCAAAUAUAUAGGGAACCUGAAGUUCUAUUCAAGCUUGUGAAAGAGGCUGAAAUUAAAAACGGCAACCAAUGAUCAUUGCAAAGAUAUUCUCUUGAAAUCCAAGCACAAGCUCUUUUGUGGUGUAGAUUGGCCUCAUCAAAGGGCGUAUUUAUAAUCUGAGGUAUUACAGAUUGUGGCAUUUUCAUACAAACAUGCUCAUUGGCAUUGUAAAGAGCACCUUUCAGCUAAAAUAUAUUUUUGAUCUUUUUUACAAUAAAAUCUUGUCUUGUAAGAUCCACUGUCCUUUUCAUUUAAGCUAUUAAGACAAGUAUCAAGGAUCACAAGGAUCAAAGCCUGUGUCAAAAACUACUUUGGACUGGACCAAAUUUGUCUGUGUAGAGAACGGCUGUUUUAUAUAGAAAGGAAUGUACUCCGUCAUGCUUAAGUCUGUUUCAAAAGCAAGGUGUAUUUUGCUCAGAGAAGGAAGUAAUACAGUAGCCAUACAGUCAACAGGUAAGAAUAUCUUACAGGUGGACUAAGUAUUGUAAAACUGGAGGCAAGUACUGGCAAGAAUAGUUUCCGAUAAGUACUUCUAGAAUUGCGACUGCUAGAGUGUGUCUGUGCAAGGGUUUGCUAGUUUAAACAACAUAACCAACUAAAGAAAUCAUAGCUAAGAAACAGGUUUUAAAAUGGUAGUUCAUUCCCUGAACAUAUGAGAGCUCUAAUGUAUGCUAUUUUCUUUUUGUGUGUGUGUGUGAAAAGGAUUUCAUUUUCAAUUUAAAUCUAAGCAGCACAGAAAACAGGAGCCCUUCAUCCCCACCAAAUUCAGUGCCCACACUCCAUUAAAACCCCACCGCCAGAAUCCUCAUCCUUGCAAGCCCUUCCCAGGCGGAUUUCUUUGAACAGAGAGUACCACCAACUCCCCAGAGAAACACAUAUAUUGAAGACUUUUUUGGACACAACUUUCAAAGCAGAAACAUCAACGCUUCUCAACCAGGGAGGUGUCACAUUCUCUUUAUUCGUAACCCUCCACCCCAAAUUAUCUGGUCCAAAAGCCCCCUUCUGAGAAGCUAUCUUUUCUUUUGAGAUAUUGUGUCUUUUCUCCUCUUCCAAGAAAUAGUCUUUCCCCCCUUUUCUUCCCGGAAAUGGUGUCUUUUCUCUCUUCU